AUGGCUAUAUCUCUUAGAUUUAAUCAUCACGUCCUCACAUCCCUUUUCAUAGCCAUAACACUAGCCACAGUCAAGUCAGUCCAUACAACAACAGAAGCAACAACAACAACAACAAAUACAGAGUUCGUAAAAUCAUCAUGCACUUUCACAGCAUACCCAAGACUCUGCUUCGCUUCACUCUCAACUCAAGCCAGUCUCAUCCAAACAAGCCCCAAGCUCAUGGCUCACGCGGCUCUCAACAUCACACUAGCCUCGGCCAAAGCCACAUCAGCAAUGAUGGUACGUUUCUCGAAUAGUAGUCGGCUCAAGCCAAGAGAAGUCUCAGCCAUGGGAGACUGCAUCGAGGAGUUAGGUGACACGUUGGAUGAGCUUAGGAAAUCGAUUGGUGAGAUGGGUCAACUAAGUGGUUCGAACUAUGAGGUUUACAUGAGCGAUAUACAGACUUGGGUCAGUGCGGCUUUGACCGAUGAGAACACGUGUACGGACGGGUUCGAAGGAGACGACAUGAACGGGAAGGUCAAGGUUUUUGUGAGAGGGAGGAUUUUGGUUAUUGCUCAUCUUACGAGUAAUGCUUUGGCUUUGAUUAAUCACUUUGCUUCUAUCCAUGGCUAA